ACGAUGCCUAUACUUAAUUUCUAAAUAUUGGGUUGUUGAAACAGCAUUGCCGAUUUUUCUAACUAGAUGGCUAUAAGGUCACAAAUCUUGGCGUUGCUGUUAGUUGGAAGGUGAGAUUUGCCAGUAGUAACUGUGCUAAAAUGGUGGGAAUGCCUUUACUUAAAUUUAAUAUAGAACGCCUCGAAGUGAAACGUCUACAAAAAUUCGCUCUAUUUUACAAUUCUAUAACAAUAAAAGCACAAAGGUCGCCCAGAUCUAUGAAAAAAUGGGCGCCGGUCAUGGUCACCAUGUGUUAGCGGAAGAAAUAGCUCAAAUAUAGUUCCGGGCGUUCAUUUUCGUCCGAUGUGAAAAAUGCUUCUCCUAGUGAUUGACGAAUUAAUGAAAGGUUGAUUCAUUCACUGGGGAAAUCAAGAAGACUGACACGUGAGUAGACAUGAUAUCGUUAAGAAACUAAAUACCCACUACCAAACGGCUGUGAAGCAUUUGAAAAAGCUGGAAACAAAAAAAUGCUUGGGUGCCACACGAAUUGACGCAAAAAUCAACUCUUUCGUAUUUUUAUCUGCAAGAAUGCAAUAAACUUGAGCCAUUUCAAAAGCGGUCGAUCACGUAGGGUAAAAAAUAAAUCACAUAUAAACAAUAAUAAAAAACCAAAUCAAAAAACGCUGUACAAUCUGUGGCAAAAGCCAGAUUGACGCCAAAAAAGUGAUGUGUUUGGUAUUAUUGGAAAGGAAUCGUACAUGAGUUGCUGCGAAACAACCCAAUCAGGCUUCUACUGUCAACAGGUGAUCACUCUUUCGGAUUUAGAAUGUGACUACCUCAACGCUCAGGAAUGUUGCACAAAACUUAACAAGUGGGUCUUGGUAGAGCUCACUGCACAAGCGUUCCUGACCAUAUUUCUUCUCCUCAUUAACGGACAUUGGAUUCUCUUUCUUGCCAACGCACCACUCACUGGAUGGUUGCUUUACAGGGUUUUAAAAGUACCCGGUGGCAAUGUCGGUGUCUAUGAUCCAACGGAGAUUCACAAUCGUGGCGGCCUUAAACUUCACAUGCGUGAUUCAAUGAUCCGCCUCGCUUUUUAUCUCAUUAUGUUCUUCAUCUAUCUCUAUUGCAUGAUCAUCGGGCUUCUAACAAGAACGAGUCCGAGAACCGUUGGGGCUGCAGGAGAAUUUUAGAUUACGUUCAGUUCUAUUAUGGAACUCGUAGCAAAUCAAAACACCUAAGAUGAGAUUUAGUUAUGAAGGAACCGGGCUGUUGCCAUGAUAGGGGUCGAUACGAACGGUCUUCUAUAGCAAUAUGAACGAUAAAGGACUCUAAGCUUACUCUCUUGAACCGUUUACAUGUGAGAUGCACUUAUCAGGACUUAGUUAAAGUGCACCCCGUAAAAACAUACAGUUCUCGGCUGCAAUAUUUAAUGCUGAACCAUUUUCUCGAUUAAAAACCCCUGCUUUUCAUCACAGUUCUUCUAAGAUUAAUCGGAAAAAAAAGACAUGUACAAUAACUUCUGAGAAUACCUUGCCCCUUGAACCACAGUCUGCGUAUGUUCCGAUAGUCAUUCGAUGGAAGUUUCGAGAAUCGUCAGCUUCAAAAGGUACUACCGUGGCUGUACGAAGCUGGAUGUAAUGAUUACUUAUUGAACUCAAGACGAAGUCACAACUGCGAGACUGAUGCACAACGAUGACUUAUAAAAUCUCGCUAUACAUUGAUACAGAAUAGCUAAUGUUUAGCAGUGCGUUGUCUGUACAAAUUAAUGGAUAAAAGGAAAAUAAUACUGACGGAAAUAGGUAAUGAAAGGACAAGCGAUAUAUAGAGCUGGCUAUUAUAUAUUUAGUUCUUGUGUACGGAAAAGAGAAUCGAGAAAAAAAACAUACAAAAACGAGAGAAAGUAAAUCGUUCGGUCAAAUUUCUGUACGCCUACAGGGACGAACAUAAAAAAUAUGCCUGUUUUUUCAAUGUUACUCAAAUGUUGAUAUUGAUUGUUUGUCGAUCUAUCCAAACAGUGGUAGUAUUCGGUCAGAGUCAUGAUGACGAUUUUAUUGCGACGUUUUCUGAAACAUGUGAAAAUGAAACGCAAACAAGGACUGCAGAUGGCAAACUAUCGGAGGCAGAACCUGUGCUCGGAAAUAUUUUACAAGAUCAAUUAUAAAAACGUUCUGUUUUUUCAUUUCUCUUGGCUCGCCGCUGCGUUUCAGAUUGAGCUGUAAAUAUCUCGUUAUUAGUGUCAGCAAUGGAUGCGCCUUAUUUUUUACAUGAUAGUAUAAUGGGGGAAUUAAUAACGACGUUCUGAUGCAUUUCAAACUAAUUUUAAUUGAAGAAAAGAAAUUUCAGACAUUCCGUUAAAACUUUCACAAUUACGCCUACGAAUUUCCUCCCAAGCAAACAAUUCGUAACAUCUACGACGUCCUUUCAGGUUUUAUGGUCUUACAUCGCGGCUUUUUAUUCUACUUAGUUUCAUGAAUUAGUACUUAAAUGCUUACCAAAGCUGCAAUAUGUACAUAGUUUACUUUCAGAUGGCUGACUACUUAUAGUAGUUAUCUGUUAUAGUCAGUAAAUGUGACUAGUUAUUACGACCGUCGACCGGCCAUCAGAGAAGUUGACUUAGGUUAUGUGUAGAUAAGCUUUAACUUAUUGUACCAUUAACUAGCCCGCAACGCUCCAAGCCAGUAACGCCACUAUUGAAACGAAACGUUAUCUCAAUUGGUUCGGUUUGAAGGCAUUUUUAAGUACGCUACAUAAACGGAACGUCUCUGGAAACCUCCUACCUAUUUUGUAUAUGCAGUCAGCGGAACAAAUUCGAUGUCAACAACGUGUAAAUAAAAACAUACAUUUUAAGCA